CUUUUUGGACCCAAUUCGAAGGCCUUAUCCAGAAGUAGUAUGGUUGAGAAAGCACAGAAGAUGCAAAGGUAAGAGGAGCAGAGGAGCAAGGACACACACAGAUUCUCUUCUUCUCUCUACCUUAAACAAACAUGGGAAUCUUUAUAAAAUCCCCUCUUUUUUGUUUUAACCGUCAGAUAUAUAACCCCUGUUAAUAUUUUGUUGUUGGGUCCCAUUGAAAUGGACCCCAUAUUAAUGCGAGUCCAAAGCGCAAGACAAUGAACUGCCUCCUUUCCUUCCACAACUCCCUUUUCUCAUCUUCAACAUCUAUUGAAAGCCUCCAUGACUUUGUUUUAAGCUUUGAGUCUAUCCAAAGCGAUUGAGAUUCCAAAUGGCUAGCUUUGUUUGUGACUGGUCUUCCUGAAUUUUGCUUUCAAAACUAGCCAUUUCUUCGGUGAUUCUGAUCUGGGUCUUUGUCACUCUUCAUUUUUUAUUUGUUUUCACCAUUCUUUCGUUGUUUUUAGUUAUGGGUUUUCAUUGUUUUAGUGGGUUUUUUUCCAGCUUCGUUUAGUUAUUGGGGCUUGUGAGUCUUUGUUUUGGUUUUGGGACUUUUGGGUGAGAGAAGUAGGAAUUUGCAGAUAUGGGUUCGGGUAUGAACUUGGUCACUACUGUUAUUGGUUUUGGUAUGAGUGCAACAUUUAUAGUAUUCGUUUGCACAAGAAUCAUUUGUGGCAGGCUAAGAGGUGGCGAAUCACGGCCUAUGUUCGAGAUUGAAUCAAGGAUUGAUGUUGAGCAGCCAGAGCAUCAGGCCAGUGGCCUUGAACAAGUUGUGGUUUCUGCAAUCCCUACCAUGAAGUUUGAUCAUAAAGCUUUCAGCUCCUUGGAAGAUGCGCAGUGCUCAAUAUGCUUGGGGGAGUACCAAGAGAAAGAAGUAUUGCGAAUCAUGCCCAAAUGUGGCCACAGUUUUCAUCUCUCUUGCAUUGAUACAUGGCUGAGGAAACAGUCUACCUGUCCAGUUUGCCGUUUGCCAUUAAAAGAAUCCCUUGGAAUAAAACAUGUGAGAUCAGCAACGUUUAGCAUGCCUCGAUCGUUUGAUGAUUCUGAGGUUUCAACUGAACAUUCACAACUGUGGCUAUUACCUGGCUCUGAGCGUUCAGCAGGUAAUGUUAGCAACCAAGGGCAUUCAGAAUCUGCUCCUGGAAACCCCUCCGAACCGACUCCAUCUAGAGAACCAGAAACAACGCCACGAUAGAAUGAAAGAGUUUGAUCCAGAGAACCAGUAAAAACCACAUGGUAGGGCGGGUAGGUUUGAUUGGAGAUUCUCAUACCUUGCACAGAAUGUUAUUAUCCGUUGUAGAUGGUACGAGCGGCGGAGGUUGUGCUAAAUCACUGCGACAAAACUCUGAAUUUUUGCGUAGCAAGUUGGAAAAUGGAGCUUACAAAUAUAAUUUGAUUUCUGUAUAUAUAAAGUUUGUCCACAGAAGUUGAAUGUUCAUACUCUGUUUUGAGCCAUUCAUUCUACUCACUAUGAGAGUACAUCUUUUCUACGAAUUCCAUAAUUGAACAUACCAACUUCCUGAAUUCAAUUUUUGCCGUUGUUUCAA